ACGGACGUUGAUUGGUUGAUUCGUUCACUGUCUUUUUAAAUUUGUUCUCGUUCUUUAUUUUCGGUUGUGGUCUGUUUCCCUUCACUCUCACCCUCCUCCGCCGCCUGAGGUUUUCAUAGGAGACGAACGAUGAACACUUGGCUCCUGUUCGCCGUCGUGUCUGCGGCCUCAGCUCUUCACCUGUCCGGACAAGAGGAAUUCCACUUCCGGUCAUGGAUGGCACAGCACAGCAAAGUGUACAGCACGAAGGAGUACGACGACAGACUCCAGAUAUUCACUGAGAACAGGAGGAAGAUUGACAAACACAAUGAAGGAAAUCACUCUUUCACAAUGGCUCUGAACCAGUUUUCAGACAUGACGUUCAGUGAAUUUCGAAAGUCUUUCCUCUGGUCUGAGCCACAGAACUGCUCUGCUACCAAAGGGAACUAUGUCAGUGGCAACGGACCACAUCCAGACUCCAUCGACUGGAGGAAGAAAGGAAAUUAUGUGACCGAUGUGAAGAAUCAGGGAAGUUGUGGCAGUUGCUGGACUUUUUCCACGACCGGCUGCUUGGAGUCUGUUACUGCUAUCGCGUCUGGGAAGCUCAUAUCAUUGGCUGAACAACAGCUGGUGGACUGUGCCCAGGACUUCAACAACCAUGGAUGUAAUGGGGGUCUUCCCAGCCAAGCAUUUGAAUACAUCAUGUACAACAAGGGACUGAUGACAGAGAAGGACUACCCUUACACAGCUUUUGAAGGACCUUGCGUGUACAAACCAGAACUGGCAUCUGCUUUUGUGAAGGAAGUGGUGAACAUAACAGCAUACGACGAGAUGGGAAUGGUGGAUGCUGUCGCCACACGCAAUCCUGUCAGCUUUGCCUUUGAGGUGACCCCGGACUUCAUGCUUUACCACCAAGGCGUGUACACCAGUGCUAAAUGCCACAACACCCAAGACAAAGUGAACCAUGCAGUGCUUGCGGUUGGGUAUGGGCAGGACAACGGGACCCCUUACUGGAUAGUAAAGAACUCGUGGUCAUCCAGCUGGGGGAUUCAUGGAUAUUUUCUCAUUGAACGUGGGAAGAACAUGUGUGGACUUGCUGCCUGCUCAUCUUUCCCAGUGGUGUGAUGAACACUGUCAAUGUAAAAUCUUACUAGCAAUAUCCUAAUCAUAAGUCUGCUGUGCAAGUGUUUCCCCCCCCCCACAAUAGAGCAGCUUUUAGCAUCCAGUAAAUCACUAUAACAAGGUAAUUCAAGUCAUUUGAAUCAUUUUUAAUCAGAUAGUACCGAUCAUUCAAUUAAUUUUAGUGAAAUUCACAAAUAAAAUCUAAUAAAUCUG